CGUGUUGGGCUCAGGGGCUAGAGUUUGCAGCAGGAGCCAUUUUGUGUGUGUGUUGAACAUAAUAAAGAAUAUAGGCCUACAACUCCACGAAAGUCAUCCUUUGAGAACCACCCAUGCAACGUGACAGAAACUUCAUUGGGAUCCUAGAACAGGAGCAGCAGUGUAUGGAAAGUCAAGCAGCGAAUAAGAGGUGACCCUCUUGCUUUUCUUGCAGCAGUGGAGUUCACACAAGCCACAUCCUCACAAGGCUAUAAUAAAUCCCUCCAACGACAUCAGAAGAGAAUGACUUUGGCUAAGGCCUGGCCAUCCAUAUCCACAUUGAUGUCAGAGAGAAAAAGAAUUAUUAAUGUACUAGUUCGAACUCGCAAUGCAAUCCCAUCUGCAAAUAACCCAUCUGCAAAUAACAGGGAGGACCAUGUGCUAACAUUUGCAUGGGAAAAACCACAUCGAGAGACACAGUAAAGCUUUACAAAAUGAGCAAGAGAGAUACUCUUCUCCAUAGCCAGAAUCGAUUCCAUGGUCCUUCUGCAUCACCAUGCUGUUACAUCCAAUGAAGUACAAUCAAAAUGAGGUGAAAAACAUGCUUGAUUAAGUGCAAUCCAUAGGUACAAUGGCUUACAGAACUGAAUAGCAAUGGAAGGUAUAAGAGCCUUUGAAAUGCCCCAUUGUCCUGUUUGUUUCUGAAUGCUGGGAAGAAUGUGAUUUCAGGGCUGGGGGUUGCUCAUUCACCACUGCCACUGUUGAUUCUCUCUGAUCACUCCCUGGGGACCCAGAAUAGGAUGGGUGAUGGACUUGUGAAGGGAGGUGCUAGUCUCCAUGGAGCCUUCUCUCCCUACCCAUUGGGUGCGGAAUUCCGUCAGGAUCAGAAGGCUGCUGCAGACCACCCAGAGCUCUAUGCUUCUCAAUUCCAGCGUUGACACCAAGACCAGGGAUGUGGCCUCUGAGUCUGUGGGCCUCUUCUUCAUGCUCUUGAUUGACCUGACAGCCAUUGUAGGCAAUGUAGCCAUUAUGAUGGUCAUUAUCAAGACACCUGCACUGAGGAAGUUUGUCUUUGUGUUCCACCUCUGUCUGGUGGAUCUCCUGGCUGCAGUCACCUUAAUGCCUCUUGCUAUGCUGUCCAGUUCAGCCUUCUUUGAUGGCACAGCCUUUGGGGAUGCCAUAUGCCGCAUCUACCUGUUCCUGAGUGUUUGCUUCAUCACCAUGUGCAUCCUAUCAAUCUCAGCCAUUAAUGUAGAGCGCUACUACUAUGUGGUGCACCCUAUGCGCUAUGAGGUGAAAAUGACUGUAGGCCUGGUGGUCUGUGUCCUGGUUGGCAUCUGGGUCAAGGCAGUAGUCAUGUCCAUCAUCCCCAUCCUGGGGUGGCUUUCCCAAGAUCACGUCAGUAGCUCCACAGCCUAUGGUGGACGGAGCUGCACUUUGCAGUGGAGUCGGAGUGCCUACUGCAAAUUUUUUGUGGUUUUCUUUGCUCUUUUCUACUUCCUUCUGCCUGUCCUCAUUAUUUUGGUUGUUUACUGCAAUAUGUUCAAAGUGGCCAGAGUAGCUGCCAUGCACCAUGGUCCACUCCCCACUUGGAUGGACACCCCACGGCAGCGGUCAGAAUCCCUUAGCAGUAGAUCCACUAUGGUGACUAGCUCAGGAGCCCCUCGGACUACCCCUCAGAGGACGUUUGGGGGUGGAAAGGCUGUCAUCAUCCUUCUAGCAGUGGGAGGGCAAUUCCUUUUCUGUUGGCUGCCAUAUUUCUCCUUUCAUCUCUACUCCAUGCUUAGCUCCCAUUUCCCCGGCCGGCAGACAGAAAAUGUGGUUACUUGGAUUGGCUAUUUUUCUUUCACGUCCAAUCCUUUUUUCUACGGGUGCCUCAACCGACAGAUCCGAGGAGAGCUAAGCAAGCACCUCACCUGUUUCUUCAAGCAGCCACCCGAGGAAGACCUCAGGUUACCAAGCAGGGAAGGCUCCAUUGAGGAAAACUUCUUGCAGUUCCUGCAAGGGACGGGUUGCAAUGCUGAGGCCAGGAACACUUGUACCUAUCCUAGCCCUAAAAGGGACCAGCCAACCAUUGAUUUCCGGAUCCCAGGGCAAAUUGCAGAAGAGACCUCAGAGUUCCUGGACCAGCACAUGAACAGUGACAUCACUGUCUCUGACAGCUACAUCAGGGCAGCACAUUCACCCAAGCCUGAGCUGUAGCUGUUUUUGCACUUGACAAUCUGAUUUUAUUGUAUGUGAAAUAAUGCAGAACAUAGCAGCUGAUGAAGGCGGGGGGGAGAGUAUUUAAUAAAUGUAAAAGCAUGGUAAUUGGGA